AGGUGCGGAAUUGGAAGGCAAGACGUCCUGGUUCCACCCAUGCGAUUAGAUAAGGCCCAGGGGCUUUAACGCGGACAACAUCAAUGCGGAUUGUCGGGCGAACAGCAAACCCUUCGGCCGGCCAACAACGCACCAAGGCGACGGCAGCCAGGCUGGACACUCCAUAUACAUUCCCCUAUCUAUCGAGUUGCGAAUCUCUGCGCUACGAAGUCGGGAGUGAACCGGAAUCGCAAUCAUGGACGCAGAAAAGCUACAAGCGCAAUUCCACAGGACGCUGAGUGUCGCGUCCGCAGCCUUCCAAAAGGUCCCAGGCUCUUCGGUGUUAACCAGAUAUAUCCAAUCGAGCUACCAGAACGACCCCGUGCGCUCCGCCAUCGAGCUGAUCCUGGUUCUCUUCUUCGUGCGCUAUCUGUUGUCGCCUUCAUACUCGACUGACAAACAGAACUACGUCAAGCUCACGGAAGAUGAGAUUGAUGAGUUGGUCGACGACUGGGUCCCUGAGCCGCUCGUCGCGGAGCAGACAGCUCUCGAAGCACUCGAAAAUGAGAGAAUACCUGUCAUCGUUGGACCGACCGGCCCAAAGUCCAAACUGUCGAAUGGCCGCACCGUCACGAACCUAGCAUCCUAUAACUUCUACAAUUUCAACGCAAACGAGCAGAUCAAGGAAAAGGCUGUCCAGAUUCUUCGCACGUAUGGUGUUGGUCCCUGCGGACCGCCACAAUUCUACGGAACGCAGGAUGUCCACGUCAAAGCCGAGGCCGACAUUGCUGCAUACUUGGGUACAGAAAGAUGCAUUGUCUACGCGCAGGCUUUCUCGACCAUCUCCAGUGUGAUCCCUUCCUUUUGCAAGCGUGGCGACAUCAUCGUGGCCGAUCGCGCGGUCAACUUUUCAAUCCGCAAGGGCCUGGAGGCAUCGCGAAGCGUCGUCAAGUGGUUUGACCAUGGAGACAUGGACAACCUGGACGCCAUCAUGAGCUCCGUUGCCAAGGAGCAGGCGAAAGCCAAGAGGCUCACACGCCGUUUCAUCGUCACGGAAGGCCUGUUCGAGACCGUCGGCGAUGCCAGCGACCUGCCCAAAUUGAUAGAACUCAAGGAGAAGCACAAGUUCAGGUUGAUCCUCGACGAGACCUGGUCUUUUGGUGUUCUCGGCCGGACAGGUCGCGGUCUCACCGAAGCCCAGAACGUGGACCCCCAGCAAGUUGACAUGAUCAUUGGCUCUCUAGCUGGACCCCUUUGCGCCGGUGGUGGCUUUUGCGCCGGUGCCAAGGAUGUGGUAGAGCAUCAACGCAUCACCUCAACGGCGUACACUUACUCGGCCGCGCUCCCAGCCAUGCUGGCCGUCACGGCGAGCGAGACUGUGAAUCUCCUUCAAUCGAACCCGGAAAUCCUGAACCAGUGCCGGGAAAACAUCAAGGCCAUGAGAGCACAGCUAGACCCGCGCAGCGACUGGGUAAUUUGCACCAGUGUUCCUGAGAACCCUGUCAUGCUUCUUGUGUUAAAGCCCGAAGUGGUCCAAGCUCGCAAGCUCGGAGUCGAGGACCAAGAGAGAAUUCUCAUGGACUGUGUGGAGGAGGCCCUGGCGAAUGGUGUCCUGAUCACUCGUCUCAAGACAAGGCCCUUCGCCUACGCAAUGAAGUCUCCAGGGAGUAGCAGCUCGGCCCAGCCCGCACUCAAAGUUUGCAUCACCACUGCCCUGUCCAAGAAGGAUAUUGAGAAGGCGGGAACUACGAUUCGGCACGCGAUCACCAAGGUGAUGACGCGCAAGACAACCAGCAAGUCUGCCUAAUUCCUCAUUGUAUUCUCUCUAUCUCCUAUGAUGCACGCGGCGUCGUGGAUUCAUGUUGCGAAGUUAGAUGGCCGGGAUCCUAGAAAGUACACCUAGCACACAAAUAAUAUUAAUAUGCCUGCAAGCAGAAACUCAUCUGGGUGAAGCCGUGGACUGGUACAGCGCUCGAGA